AUCUGCUGCUACUGUUUGCUAGGUAUUCAACCUGAUCUGAAAUCCCAGGUUAUUGUCCAGCUCACAAACCUUGUCACAUUCGUACUUCAAGACCAGAUAUUUCCUUGUGACUAAGAAGCCUCCCGCCAAAAAUCCCGAUCUCAUUGAAAUUGUUUAUUUUUCGCUACAUCCAAUCUGCGCCGUCGGUUACAGCUGCCUAGAGAAUUUUCACUACUUCUGACCGCUAUCCAUGACCGAACUGUAAAGCGUGAAAGCUUUUCGAGCGGAGCACAUCGUGCUUACCAGCGGGCAAGAUUUGAACACCUAUUCGAGCAUCCUCCUCAGCACCGCAUUCCAUGAUGACAGAACAACCUUCAACUUGCGAUUCCGUUCGGCAUUUUCCCUUGCAAGAAGUUAUCUCACCUGAGCAAUAUGCCAUCACCACACAAUGUCAACCUACAACUACUUCUGUCCCUGAGCCAGUUUCGGCAGAGCUCAAAGUCACCAGCACAGAAUGCAAAGAAGCAUCAACAAUAAUGAAUCAAACACGAUCGACUCAUCCGCUUGCCGACAGAAGCCCUUAUCCUCGGCUACUUUGUCAGUGUCGAAUGCUCGUCAUGCACGACCCUUGCGAUGAUACACCAUUCACUGUUCCUCUUCACGCAAUCAGUUGUCCCAAUAGGCUGCAAAAUCUACUCAGCCAGAAAACUGGAAGCACUGAUUGGGUUCGCGGAUGUAGCAAGCCUGCGAUCAAACGUGUGCAUAGACAGGCAACAGUGAGAAAGCGACAAGAGUGGAAGACUUUGAAAGACUGCGAAGAGAAGAAAUCAUUAGAGCAGAUCUUGGCCUCGCUUUGAGUCAGAAGUUGACAUGGCAACAGCUGGCCUACAGCAUAGCGGUCAGAUUGACUACUAAACUACCGGAAUCGGUAUCAUGGAACUCGAAUCUCAUGCAUCUGAUCUGCUCGAGGAAUCACGCAGUGGGCAGGAGACCAG